GACGACGGCAACCAGCGGCCAGUCGAAGCUGGGGCGCCGGAGCGGACUGAGCCAGACGGCAAGGCCGAGCGGCAGGUGGAUUAGUCGCGAGUGCGCCUUGCAGCCGCCGGUGCACUGGCGCCAAUCGUGAGUUGAAGCUGCAUUGGAAUGAGCGACUGUGAUGCACCCCGGAAGCCACUGAACGGACACUCGCGCCCGGGCAUCUCAGCAGGCACCCUCGGACGCCGCUGUGCUGAUCAGGAGAGCGCGCUACAGAUCGGCGGAUGACGGCGAACGGAACAGCAUGGCGGCGCGUGCUGGUCCGCCGCCGCCAGGUGCUCCCACUGCUCGGCCUGAUGACGCUGGCGGCCUUCUUCAUCGUCGGCGACGUGCGGUGGCUGCUCCAAUCCGCCGCCAUGGGAGGCUGGAACCGCUUCCACGAGAAGUUCAUGCCGGCGCCAGAGCUUCACGUCACCGAGAAGGACAAGGUCAUCGUUUACUGGACGCCAUUCUUCGGUAACCUUGAGUACAACGUAGGCUACGGCCGAGCACCCUUCGAAAACUGUCCGGUGUCGGACUGCGUCACGACCAAUCAGCGCUCGUACCUGGAGCGCGCCUCGGCCGUCGUGUUUCACCCGAUGGAGUUCAGCGACCUCGACCUGCCCUCCUGGCGCCAUCCGGACCAGCUCUGGGUGUUCUUCAUGCUGGAGAGCCCGCCGCAUACGACCGCCAAGUUCACGGAGGCCACGCGGCACUUGUUCAACCUCACUGUGACCUACAGGCGGGACUCGGACAUACGCCAGCCGUACUUCGUGGUGGAGCGACUGCCGGAGAGCGAGCGGCGGCCGGCCCAGGUCGCCACCGGCCGGCCCACGCCGCCCUGGGCCGCGCUCGCGCGGAGGAAGGGCCGCCUGCCGUGGGUGGUCUCCCACUGCAGGACGCCCGGCAAGCGCGAGGAGUUUGUCGAGGAGCUGCGCAGCUACAUCGCGGUGGACGUGUUCGGGCGCUGUGGCCCGCUGAAGUGUUCCCCGCCUGGCGGACUCUUCACCCUGCCCGAUCCGCGCACUUGCUACCGCCACCUGGCCGAAAACUACCACUUCUACCUCUCGCUCGAGAACUCGCGCUGCCGCGACUACAUCACCGAGAAGUUCUUCCUGGCGCUCAACAGCAGCCUCGUGCCGGUCGUGUACGGCGCGCGGCGCGAAGACUACGCCGCCGUCGCACCGCCGCACUCGUUCAUCCACGUGGACGACUUCGAGAGCGCGCGAGAGCUGGCCAGCUACCUGCGCUACUUGACGGCGCACCCGGCGGCGCUGGACGCGUACACGGCCUGGCGCGGAGAGUACCGUGUGCGGGGAGCGGUCCACGACAGCUGGUGCAAACUCUGUGAGCGGCUGCACGACGCCAGCGCGCCGCGCAGCACCCACCCCGACAUCAACGCGUGGUGGAAUGGCCCGGACACCUGCUGGUAACCUGCGGGUGUCCCGGCCGCCUGCUGCUGCCUGCCUCGGCGGGCAUGUGUUUGGCACCGGCACCCCAUGGGAAUCAGAAACCAGUCCGGACAUGUGCUAGCACUGACGUCUGCUGGCCGCCUCGUGGCAGUGUGGAUGUAUACCGGCGAUGCUUAAUGUCGCGCUUGAUGUGAGCGUGCCUCGCGCAGCACGUGGACAUGGAGCGCGCCUGUCUCUGACGUUAAUCCGGACGUGAGCGCGAGAACUCCUGACGUCAGGGAUCGCGCGGGCUGGGAGUUCUUCAGCGGGUCGGCUCAACUCCUCUGAGUUGCGCAGCUGACCGGGUGAACCCCAUCCUCACCGUCGAGCUUCGUGACUGAGGUGAACCAUGAGCUUAGCCCCACCGUCAAGCUACGCGACUGGAGUGAGCCCCGAACUUUGCUCCGCCACGGGCUCCGUGACUGAAGUGAACCCCGAACUUUGCUCCGCCAUCAGGCUCCGUGACUGAAGUGAACCCCGAACUUUGCUCCGCCAUCAGGCUCCGUGACUGGAGUGAACCCCGAACUUUGCUCCGCCAUCAGGCUCCGUGACUGGAGCCCAAAAGCGCAGAGAACGAGGCGAGCCUCCAGGGCAUUUGGAACUUCCACAUGGCGUCACAGUGGCUGAGAAGGCGCCGGAGAGGAUGGCCAAGUCACGU